AUGAACAAACCCGUGCAGGUGAAGGGGACGGGUGGGGAAGCCAACAGAAUCGGAAAAAGUGACAAAAUUGGGAAAAGUGACAAAAUUGGAAGAAGUGACCAAAUUGGGAAAAGUGACCAAAUUGGGAAAAGUGACCAAAUUGGGAAAAGUGACCAAAUUGGAAAACCCCAGCAAAACCAGUCAAAGGGAAAACAGUCCAAAGUGAACAAGGAGAGACAAAAAAUAAAACCAAUUCAAGUUAGGAGAAGCAUGAAAGAUAUCCUAGUGGACGAAAAUCCAAGUCAGUAUGUUCUUAAUUAUACGGGGAAAAAAAUAGCAAACAUUUUUUCCGAGGAGUUAUUAAAAAAAAUAGAUAUUUUAAACGAGUCUUCUCAUACAGAAGAAAACAAAAAGGGCGAAAGCACAAAAGGAAAAAACAUAGAACGAAUAAUGAGUACUGAAAAAAUAGAUUCCCAUCAACAAAUGCUGAUGGAAGAAUUAAAUGAAUUACUAAGCAAAGACGAUUUAACAAGUGAGAUGAAAAAUAAUAUUAAAUCUCUUUAUAUUCAAGUACAAGAAAUUUAUAUGGAAAUAAAAAAUGACUUAAAAAUGAACUGUCCAACAUCAGAAGACAUUUUGAAUUUGUAUCGGGCUGAUAACAUGAAUAUGAAAAGCAAAAAUGACAUAUGGAAACGAUUCUGCUUCUACAAACUGUUAGGAGAUCAGAUGAAUGACAUACACAUAUGCACAAUCUCAUCCUAUAGAUUAAAAUAUUUGAAAACUAUUUAUGGCUGGUAUAAGAAGAAUAAGCGUUUUUUAUUUGAUGGAGAAUUGGACUAUGUACCCCAGUCGUCCAGGUUUUCUGAGCGAGGAGAUGAUGAUAGGACAAGCGAUGGCAGAAGAAUCGAUGAGAGGGCAGACGAUGGUGAAAUCAUUGCUAGCAGCACUGAUGUGACAGAGGAGGAGAGAAAUGAUGCGUGUAAUUUCAAGAUAGAUAUAGAAAAAACUAACGAAAAAGGGGAGAAUGGAAAUGAACCAUUUGAUUCAGUUCCAUGUGUAGAAAAUAGUGAAGUGCAAAAUGGAGAAAAUAAAUUGGAAGAAAAUAUGGACAAGUCAAGAAUGUCCAUAGGGAAAGAAAAAGUAGACCAUGAAAAUGAGAAUUCUGAAAAUUUCGAUAAUCUUUUAAUAAUACAUAUGAAUGAAAUAAAUAAAUCAAUUGGUGAAGAUGUGAAGAGAGAACUUCUGCACUCUUGUAAGGAGAAAGAAGGAGUACAUGAUCAUUCAUAUGAUCAUAUCUUAAGCAGUUAUAUAUUCCCUAACUCACUUUUUGUAAAUGAUACUAAAAAUAUAGUAACGGAUGAAGAUAGAACAAAACUGGAAAGUCUUCCUUUUGAUACAUCUGAAAAUAAAUUUCCAGUUAUAGUUGAAAAUAAGCCUCCAAAAAAUGAGCCUAAAUUGGAGUACACAUGGCAUGAGGAGGAGGAGGAGGAAGAGGAAGAAGAAGAACAGGGGGUAGAGGAAAGUUUUUCUGCUGUCCCAAGUGACACAAAGAAAAUCAAGGAACUUGAGGAAGAGAUAAAGAAGCAGAAGUUGCUAAUUAAGGAGAAAGAGACAGAAAUAAUUAACUCACCCAUCGGCAUUAAAUUUAAGGGAAUCUUUGGGAAGUUUCAAGACAUCGAUAUGAGGGGCUGA